UUCUCACAGAGUGAUUACGAGAGAAAUUUGCAGAGCCAAAGUGAAAGAGGAGGAAGGAGGAAGAAGAAGGAAGAACUGAACAGACCCAGGUUCGAAUCUCAAAGAAACCCAUUUUCAUCGCAAUUAACUGGAAGAAUCAACACCCAUUUCCACUCUGAAUCGACCCAGUUCUUCAUCUUGAGCUCAAAUUCCCUGCUCUUCACGGAUUUUGAUUCCCACCCUUUUUAAUUCUUCCCUGAGCUCAGAAAUGGAGCAGAUCAUGGCAGUCUACAAGAUUCAGACCUGUGGAAUAGUGUAGGCGCUUUGGGAGAAAGCGCUUGUCGCUAUUCCUGCUCUGUUUCUCUCCCACUCCACCUUUUCCUCUCUGUUUUUCAAGCUUUCGGCUCGCCGGAGCAUGGCUUUCCGGAGAAGAAUUGUGGGAAAUAUUGACCCAGUUAGGAAGAGAAGCGGUGGUUUGAGAACGAAGCAGGCAGGGAGAGGAUCGUGUCGUGGAAGUUAGAAAUUAGAAUGGGAAAUUUGAAAUAGCUUGAGAAAUAUACGGUCUCAUCAGCGCUUGAGCAUUUUAUGUUCUUGUUCUCUACUGUUUCGUGCAUGUUUUGUAUUGGGUAUUGUAUAAAAUUGCUUCGGUAGCUAUGAGGUUUUCGCUUAAAGAAACGCUCAAGGCUCUUUGUGGUUCGAAUCAGUGGUGUUAUGCUGUGUUCUGGAAGAUCGGUUGCCAAAAUUCCAAGCUCCUGAUUUGGGAAGAAUGCCAUUACCAGCUCUUACCCAGCUUUGAGUCAUCUGGAAGUGGGAGCUCCAAAUUACCCCUUGGGGAAUGGGAAGGAUGUUGGGGGUAUUCCCAAAGUUCCUCCUCACAACAGGCGAAUCGUGUGGACGACAAACUUUAUUCCUUAAUUAACAAGAUGAUGUUGAAUAAACAGAUUAGUUUAGUAGGUGAAGGGAUUGUUGGGCGAGCUGCGUUUACAGGAAACCAUCAGUGGAUUCUGUCAAGCAAUUAUACCAGAGAUGCUUAUCCACCAGAGGUUCUUAAUGAGUUGCAUCAACAAUUUUUAGCUGGAAUGCAGACCGUCGCAGUUAUUCCGGUGCUUCCUCAUGGAGUCGUACAGCUGGGCUCGUCCUUCUCGAUCAUGGAGAACUUGACAUUUGUAAACGACGUAAAGAGUUUGAUACUACAUUUAGGGUCUGUGCCUGGUGCUCUUCUUUCUGAGACGUAUGAUGGAAAAGACCCUUCUCGAAUGGCUGGACUUACGGACCCUUCUCGAAGUUGCGACGUGAUGGAUCCCUUAUUCAUGGAUGGCAAUUGCAACCCACAAGACAACUCAUUGCUAGCUUCUAGGUCCAAUCAGCCUUCUAAUUUGCUGUUUCAAGAGAUCUGGUCUAAUAAUCAUCUUGCUGCUUCUUCAACGUCGCAAAAAAAUCCUUACAUGACCCGAGCUCUGGCAAUUCCUCAUCAAAAUCUUGGUCUAUCAAACGAUACUUUAGCGAUGAAGCCGAGUCUCCCUUCAAGAGACGAUUUGGAGUAUGGACGUGUCAGAGCUGAAGUCAUUCUUCCAAAUACUGAGGCACGGUUUCACCAGCAUGGUUCUUCGAGUUCUUUGUACAACUCCCAAUCUGGUGUCUUUCUAUCGGCCGUUGCGCAUAGCAGCCUGAAAUUAGUGGGAAAUCAGAAUCUUUCAGCUGGCUUGAAUUCAUCAAAUACUUGUAACCCGUCUCAACUGGUGGCACCUGGUGGCAUAACGAUCGAUAACGAAAAUAGUUCCGUUACAACCAAUCAUCCAUUAGUUGAAAGCAAGCAGUCAAAGGAAACGAAAACUAUUGGUUCAAAGCCAUUUUCAGUUCCAGUCUCUGUUUCUGAUGACCGUCGAGCAACUGAAAAAGGUGUUCAUGGGGGCAAGCAGGGUGGAAUCGAGGUGCAAAAUGCUCUCGAUUCGAAGGCCGAUGAGGUUUCUUUAUCUGGUGGGCUAGGUUGUUCGGUUACGCCUAGUCAACGGUCACUAGAGAACUGUGGAAAAGCAAUUUUGGAAGCAGCCCCAUCAGCAGAUAAUGAUUUAUUUGAAGCUCUCAAUACUACAUGGACUCAACUGGAGAAUGUCGUGUCCUUGGAUGACUACAUGUCUGGUCUUGCUAAUGAUUACUCGAACCAUUUUAACGGAUUUGAGAGCUCGAGACUCCCGCAUAUUAAAAACGAACAAAUUUGUGCUCUACCCUCUUCAGGUGAUGACUUGUUCGAUAUUCUCGGUGUGGAGUAUAAGAAUAAACUUCUCAGUGACAACUGGAAUAGUUUAUCUGAGAGUCUGCACAACGAGGACAGGCAGAAUUCCAAUGCAUCUCAGAUAAUGAACGCGCUCGAGGCUGGCUUGAGCUCAAACGUCUCUUCUACAUGUAGAACGAUACCUGAAUCGGGAACCAAUUCAUUGACAGCCUCUGACCAACUUUUAGAUGCUAUAGUUUCCAGAGGUCACUCUGCCAUCAAGCAGAGUUCAGAUGAUAGCACUUCUUGUAGGACGACAUUGACUAAAAUCUGUAGCUCCUCGGGUCCGAGUAGCUUGAUUUAUGGACAGCCAAGUGCGCAGAGGGGAGUUUUCGGCGUCCCUAAGUCUCGGGGUGAAGUGGGGACGUUAGAUAAUAGCUCUUUCAGAUCUGGUUGUAGACAUAAUGAUUUGGCAAAUUGUUCUCAAAGUUCUUCAGUAUAUGGAUCUCAAAUCAGUUCAUGGGUUGAACAGGGAGAUAAUUUGAAGCGUGACAGUAGCGUGUCGACAGCCUAUUCUAAGAGGCCUGAUGAAGUGAACAAAUCGAGUCGUAAAAGGCUGAAACCGGGAGAGAACCCAAGACCAAGGCCCAAAGAUCGCCAGAUGAUACAGGAUCGCGUAAAGGAACUGCGGGAGAUCGUGCCAAAUGGAGCAAAAUGUAGCAUAGAUGCAUUACUCGAAAAAACCAUCAAGCAUAUGCUUUUCCUGCAAAGUGUCACAAAGCAUGCUGACAAGUUAAAACAGACAGGAGAGUCUAAGAUCAUCCGCAAAGAAGGCGGACACUUUUUAAAAGAUAACUUCGAAGGUGGGGCAACGUGGGCGUUCGAGGUUGGUUCACAAACUAUGGUCUGCCCAAUCAUAGUUGAAGAUUUGAAUCCGCCACGUCAAAUGCUCGUGGAGAUGCUUUGUGAAGAGAGGGGGUUCUUUUUGGAAAUAGCCGAUUUGAUCCGUGGUAUGGGCUUGACCAUACUGAAAGGUGUGAUGGAGGCACGAGACGACAAGAUAUGGGCACGAUUUGCCGUUGAGGCCAACAGGGACGUAACUCGAAUGGAAAUAUUCAUGUCGCUCGUUCACCUGUUGGAGCAGACACUGAAAGGCAACAACGUAUCAAUGGUAAACGCUAUAGAUAACAGCCAUAUGAUUGUUCACAACUCGUUCCCUCAGUCGACACCGAUCUCUGCAACUGGCAGGCCUGGUAGCUUGCAGUGAAAAGCUGCUUGCUCUACAAACGCUCAUGGGGAUGUUGAGAGCGAGCCCGGGUACGCUCGCUAUGACUAACAUGUUUCCAGUCCUAAGGUCUGUGGUUGCUCUAACCUUUUGGCUGAUUUCUUUCUAAACUGUUGUUAUAUUGAGAGGUGUAAUUUGCAUCUGAACUCAGUAUUUAGUUCAUCUUAGGAGUGUUGUUUUCGUGCUGUUCUUCAUUCCAAACCAUUUAUCCACUGAAAUGUUAACUGUAAAAGGUCAUAAAUUAUGGUGUGAUUGUAAUAUGAGUGAUGCUAAGAAGUCAUCCAUUAGUUGAAAUCUACACGAGUUUCAAAGAACAAUUGCUUAGUUCCAUGUUUAUUCUAACAUGCUUGCCCAACCUUUUGUGAAAUC